CUCAGGAUCUCCUUCCAAUCAGGCUGUGAAUUAGAAUUAGAUUGUGACCUUGCAGCCUGCAGAGUAGCUUCAAGAACAAAGAGCUUCCAUCAUUUUCUUCCUCAGCCUCCGGCACACCCAGAAACCACCAUCAGCUCCCAGAAACCACCAUCAGCUCCCGCAGCAGCCUCUCAGUCAGCAGGUUCCUCCAGGCCGAAAGGCACUUUGCUCAGCAGGUACCUCACUGUGAUCAACCACAAGAGACUGAUCCAUCAUCAGGCCAAGGACAGUGCUGCGUCUGACCUCAGAAUCCCACCUGGAGAAUCUAUUUUCUGGGAGUCUGCAGGUGUCGGGAAAACAGAGCCAGAUCCCCUUUUCUUGAACUGAGAAAACUUAUAAGGAAAAGUUAUGUGAGGAACUGAAGAGGCAGAAAAAAAGUAACACUGAGCUAACACUGAGCUAUUUUGUAACACCAAAAUAGAAGAGAUGGGGUUACUUAGAACCAAGAAGUAGGUGCUUCUGCCUCCAAAGCUGAGGCCAAGAUAAAAAAAGGAUCGGAACGGAGACAUUUUGGAUUAAUGAGCAACUCAGUGAUCAGAAAUGAGUGAACAAUCAGAAAAAAACAAUUCCACGCAAGAGGGACACCCAGGUCAAAGUUCUCCUGAGAAAAGCUGUCCAAUAGGACAGAAGCAGCUGCAACAGAUAGAGCGGCAGUUAAAAUGUUUGGCAUUUCAAAACCCUGGACCGCAGGUAGCUGACUUUAAUCCAGAAACAAGGCAGCAGAAAAAGAAAGCCCGGAUGUCAAAGAUGAAUGAGUACUUUUCUGCAAAAUACAAAGUUAUGAGGAAGUAUGACAAGAGCGGCAGGCUCCUCUGUAACGAUGCUGACCUGUGCGACUGCCUGGAGAAGAACUGCCUGGGCUGCUUCUAUCCCUGUCCCAAAUGCAACUCCAACAAGUGUGGGCCCGAAUGUCGCUGCAACCGGCGCUGGGUCUACGACGCCAUCGUCACCGAAUCCGGAGAGGUCAUCAGCGCGCUACCCUUCAGCGUUCCUGACUAGGGCCUGCUCAUCUGGACUGACUCGUUUGCUCUUCUUGACAUUUAAGUCAACCCUUUCGCUCACUGAAUUCUAGGUCAAGUCAACCCUUUCUCUCAGUGAAUUCUAGAUCAUGGGAAAAGUGUUGGAUAAACAUACUCAAGAGUCUUGUUCUUGGAAUUUGUGGAACCCUCCACAGAACUGGCAGUCGACCCAUUGUCUUCUCUCAUAUCCCUUCCCCUGUGACCACAGACUGUCUCCGUGGGUGCGUCUCGGUGUCUCUCACCAGCACCCCCAUCUCUACACUGCCCUCAAAUGAAAAUUCUUUUUCCUCUCGGCUCUUCCUGAAAAAAUGUAGUUUUAAGAUGUUCAGUAUUCUGUAAUAUUUUUUCUUACAUCAGACACAGACGCAUACUUUUAUAUUGCAGUUACCCUUUAUCUUUUACACAUCACUAGUUCUAAAUCAGAAUUGUCACAAGUUUUAUUUUAACU